UUUAUUGCAUUUUUUUUCUGGAACUCCAUUGAUUGAAAUAGAUGCAAGAGUCAUGUUUUUUUCUGCUGAUAGAAGGAAGUGACACUACGAGGAGGUAAAACGAUCUACGCAAACUAAUCAAAUAUGAGGCAACGCUUGGCAUUAACAUUAAUCAAGACAACUAUUUUGAGAACCUCUUCAAGCGCACAACUGCCAGUUUUCGCGCCAAAGUUGGAAAGGAAAAUCUACGUUGCGAACGAGUUGUAAAGGAAAACUAUACACGUAAUCAUGAUCAACAUGUGCUGCGCCCACUAAACCAAUUAGGCCAGCACCAACAAGCUGAUUCCAGAGCAGCAAUAACGAAAAAAGGGCCACAAACUCAAACUGCUCACAGUUAUUCUAAUACGCGCUCUGGAGCCACCACAGAGGAUGGUGGCAUGUUGCGAAGCAGCAACAAAAAUCAUCAAUCCCAACAAUAUAAACCACCGCACUAUGGGCCAUCUAGAAAUUCGCGCAAUUUGGAGAAUUUAUGCCGUGAGCAAGCUUGGCAAUCAGAUAAUCGCAUACCUUUUGGUGAGUGCCCAGAAUCACGUGGACCACAACACAAAGCAGCAGAACGUGGUAGGACAAGCGUAUCGCAAGCAAGAGCUUUAGUUAGAGAGCGUAGUCUGAAAAGAGUUCAGCCGGAAACAGGCUCAAAUGAGGUCAGAACAGGAAGAAGCAAGGCAGCCAUCGGCGCAACGGCAAGAGAUGGUGGCAAUUCGCAACGUGCACAAGCCGCGGUGGCAAGAGACGCAAGUCAUGGACGCGCACGCACUAGUCAUCCAAAUCACGAACGCGGUGCAACAGCACGAAGCCCGAGUGCUGGCAGCUCUGCUGCAGAUCGAUCUGUGGGAGUUAUAAUACCACGACAUUGCACCACUACACGCCGCCGCCGUCCGCUGAGCACAGAUCCGGUCGCCUUAUAUCACUACUACCAGAGCGAAUGGAAUCAUUUCCGCGAACAAAUUCCCGGCGAGAGUUCGCAUGCGGAUUUACGUUGGCUAAUACGUGCGCGCCUAAUGGAUCCCAACUAAUGCACUAUGACGAACUUAAGGGACAAGAGAUAUAUAAAUACAUACAUACAUAUUGUUUGUUUGAAAAUUCCAACUUAAGUAACGAGCUAAACUUUAUGCUUUUUAGCUAUAAACUAGUUUUUUAUAGAUUAUUAUUUUUUAAACAGAUUGACUUGAUUGAAUAAAAACUGAAUAUUUGUAACUUUUAAUUUCGCCCGUUAACUAUGGUGUAAUUGCCGUUUUCCUGGCCUAAAAUAUUUUUUUUUAAAUGUUUUAACAUCAGUUUUUUUCUUGCUACUAUAUUUAGAUAAUACAGUAAAAUAUAGGAAAUGUAUCUUGGUUUUUUUAUAGAAAGCCAUAUUGUAGUCAGCAAACAUUCUGCCGGAUUUGCACUAGGCAUUAAAUGAGGGAGAAUUCAAUUAAGAGAGAGGAAACAAAAAGAUAUUUACAAUUUUGUUCCUGCAAAGGAACAGCACGCAAAUGAAGAAACUCAGACUUUUCAUGUUAUCAAUUGAAAUUAGUAUAAUUUGGUAAUAUGUAUUUUUUUCUAAAUUGGCAACGUAUAAGAGAAAAUCUCACGAGUGCCACUUCUUUCUCUCGCCUGAAUAAAAAAAAACGCUAAAGCAUUGAUACAUAUGUAUAUUUCAAUCAAUGGAGUUCCAGAAACAAUUGCAAU